CGGCUUCUGGCUUGGUGUUGUGCGAAUAGACCGGCUCCGUAUAGCAAGAGACGUCUUUGUUGUUGAUGAAGGUUUUGCCGGGGAUUCCACUCUCUGCUUCUUGGCGGCUGGAGCCGGCAACGGUCUGUCGGGUGCAACAUCAUCAUGGCUUCGCUUCGACCCCUUCGUUGUCGUCAACUGAGUGUUCCCUUUCAAAUCGUUCUAGGUCUUUGAAGAGGUAUCAUCCUGACGUUGGGCUCGACGAAUUGGAUUGACUCCUUGCUUGGGAACUGUCACGGUUC